UUGACGCAAACGAAAGAGAGAGCGGAAAAGAGAGGUUGAAUUUAUUGGUCCGCGCGGUUGCUGCAGUCGUGCCGCGGGCGUUUUUUGUUUUUGUUAGAAUAUUCAAAAUGAAGAAACAAUAAACGAUAUUUUAGUGCAUUAACAAACUCGUAUUGAGAUACGUUAAGUGAAAAUUAGCAACAAAUUAAAAAAGUGCAAAAGAACAGUGCGAAGGUGCAAAAAAUUCCUCGUACAGCAUCCUUUUAGCUGCUGCUUCUUCUACUUCUCAUCUUGUGCAUUCCUUUUCGCCUGCGUUUGCGUGUGUGCGUGUCCUCCAGCUUGGAUGUGGGCAUGCUCCCGCCUACCCUCACCCUAUCCAGCCUCAAGAAAUCGUAAAUUAUUUUAGUGCUGCCAAUAAAUUGAUGCCAAAAUCUAAGCGGAGCUCGCGCGCAACGGUGUUUCGGUUAACUGUUACGCUUACUGUAACUGUAACUCUCUCCCCACAAACCCGCGCUGAGGCUGACUUCUGUGUGUGCGUGUCGUGUGAAUUUUCACAAUUAAUUAAAAAUGCAAACAGCCUAGGGCACAGCAACGACACAACAAAAACAGCACCCCUGUGCUCUCAAUUUGAAUUCCUUUCUUGUGUCUGGCGUGUCCUUGCCCUCAUACGGGUGUGUGUAUUUGUGUGAAACUGAGAGGAUUACAACUGAAUUUGAUGUGCCAACAACAAGAGAGAAAAGAACAGCCGUUUACAACAACAGCAACACAGUCGCCACUUGGAGUACCAAUUAAAUGGCAAAGCCACGCAGAAAACGCUUCCGUUUGAGUCUGUGUCGACGUCCACGUUACAGCAAGCACAAGAUCCAUGCCACAAAAUAAGCAAAAGUCACAGCAGCAUCAUCAGCAACGUUCCGCAAAUAGCAGCAGCAACAGCAACAGCCAUUGGAGCCACAGCAUGAUGGAUAAACGAUCCCUCUGCCUGCUGGUCAUCUGCGUGAAUCUCUGUCUCGUGAUCUGGCUGGUGAGCGUGCAACAGCCACAGAUGCUGGAGACAGAGGCCCCAGCCUCAGCAGCAGCCCUGACAGCAGAGAAGGAUGUGGAUGUGAGCAGCGAAACAGAGGAGUCGCCGCCGACGCCGCCGCCGCCACCAUGUGGCAAAGAGAGAGUCGGGAGAGAGAGCAGGAGCUGGAGCAGGAGCUGGAGCAGGAGCUGGAGCAGCAAACCAAACCAAAUACACGACACCCCUAGUCGCAUCCCUAGUUAUAACGAUAGUUUAGAUCUAAGUCUGACAUCCCAGGCGGCGGCACCGCGAACACCUGCGCCCCAGGUCUUCACCAAUCUGAUGGAUCUGCACAAUUUCGCGUAUCUGAUGAAUCAGCCGCCCUGCGAUGCCCGUGUCCAGGCCUUGAUUCUCGUGCACACCUCGCCUUACAACCACCAGAAGCGGGCGCUCAUCCGACAGACGUGGGCCGAGAAAAAGUACAUCGAGAGGACACCCCUAAGGGUACUCUUCCUGCUGGCGGACGUGUGGCACGAGCGGCCCAGCUGGCAGCACUUCUUGAACCAGGAGAACGCCAAGAACGGGGACAUGGUGCAGGGGAACUUCAAGGACGACUACCGGAACAUGACCUACAAACAUGUGAUGGCCCUCAAGUGGUUCAACGAGAACUGCCCCCAGGCCCAGCUGCUGGUCAAAGUGGACGACGAUGUGUACAUGAAUACGCCGCAGUUGGUCAAAUACCUGAAGGAUCCCACGCGGGCAGAGCACGACCUGCUGCUAGACCCCAACCUGCUGCUCUGCAGGCCCGUCAAGGCCCCAAGGGUUAAGCGAUCCUAUCGCUCCAAAUGGCGGGUGACGUACAAAGAGUUCCCGUAUCGAUAUUACCCGGACUAUUGUCCAGGAUUCGCCAUCGUCUACGCCCCAGAUGUGGCGCGGCGGCUGUUCAAGGCCGCGCAAAAGGCCAAAUACUUUUGGGUGGACGAUGCCCUCAUCACUGGCGUCCUGGCCAAGGAGACGCACACAAAGAUCACCAGCCUGCAGCAUGUGAUUGGCAAAACGGACACCAUGCAGCUGAUUGCCGGACAGAUUGGCUUCGACUACAAGGAGUUCCUCUUUGCCUUCCAUGGCAUCCAGCCGCACAUGUGCAACAGCCUGUGGGAUCUCACCGUGGAGACCAAUUACACGUUGGAGACGUCUCCAUCGGCCUCUUCAGCUGCUUCCUCCUCCCCUGCGCUCAGUGCGAAUACCUCCGCCAUGAGCACGGGCCUUAGUUAGUUUUAAUCUCGGCUUAGUCUCGAUUCGCGUUUAAUUUCGUUGUGGCUGUUCAGUUCUUAGGGUUUCCCUUGUAAGUCUCUCUAAGUUUGAAGUUUGAUUUUUUUGUUUAGCUAUUAUAAUUAUUAGUCGAUUAGUUAUAUAGUUAAUGUUUAGGUAGCAUUUUGUCAUGGAACAUGAGAAGCAGAGGAGGAUUUGGAGGAGAACGGAAACGGAAACAGAAGCCGAACAAAGUCAAGUGAAACCACCACCCAACCACCUGCCUACAAUCAUUCGUAUCAUACGAGUAUAAGAUAAGCGAUUAUACAGAUAUAGUCAUACGCAAGGGAGUGCCGUGCUGUGCCGUGCCGCCUCCUGGUGAUAAGAAGAAGCCACUCUCGGACAAGUCGAAAUAGCAACAGAUAAUAGCAGCCACAAAAUGCGAUUACCUUAAGCACAACUAUUUUUAAGUCGUAAGAAGACGAAUGCAAAUGCAACACAAAACACCAUAGUACUUAACGAACCAUACAAAACAGAAAAGAACAGAACAGAACAGAACAGAAGAGAUGCUGGGAGUGCUUCGAAGGUGAACGAUGAAUCCCAAACCAAAUAAUGAGCAGUGUGUGAAGAGAAAGGACGUACAGAAUACUCUCGAUACGGGGGGAGGGGAGAACGAGGAGUGAUGCGAUGCUUCAACUAUUUUUUCUAUUGUGUAAACAUUUUUAUAGCCCAUCAUCUCUUUCGCUCUCUCUCUAUAAAUGUAUCGAUACGAUCUGAUAAAUAUACACCGUAAAUAAAAUAGAAUAAACAACAAAACGCAGUAUAAACAACAUAAGAGGGAACAUGUACGUACGAAUAUCAAAAGCAAAAGCAAACACAGAAUGAACGAACGAAAAAUGUAACAAAUGAAAUUUAUAAAUGUGUAAUGUGAAAAUUAAUUAAAUGUUCAAGUUUGUCAGAAAUUAUAUUGAAAAAUCAUUACAAAAUACAAAAUAA